CACUCUGAACUAUUUAAGGAAAUUACGCUCGAGCGGAGGAGGAGCAGGCAGGCCAGCGUGCAGCCGCCGCUGCUGCAGGAGGGGGGGAAAUCCAGGGGGUGCAUCGCUGCUGCUGGGACGGGAGGAGACCCCCGCUCCCCCCCCCCCAGCUGCUGCAGACCCGGGGCCAUAGAACAGGGAUCUGCUUUUCAUCAUUAGCAAUCCAAGCUGGAUUCGAGCUGGUGAUCAAGGAGCGGGGUAAGUCCCUAACCCAGGGGGCAAUUCCACUCAGCAGCAUGACAAGCGAGGUGGUGGAGGAUGAGAUGGAAUUUUAUUCCAAGGCUGAGAAAUACUGGAAGGAUGUGCCGCCCACGGUGGACGGCAUGCUGGGUGGGUACGGCCACAUCUCCAGCAUUGACAUCAACAGCUCCAAAAAAUUCCUGCUUAAAUUCCUUCGGGAUGGUCCUAACAGGACAGGAACCACCUGCGCCCUGGACUGUGGGGCUGGGAUCGGCAGGAUCACCAAGAGGCUGCUGUUGCCUCUCUUCAAAGCAGUGGACAUGGUGGAUGUGACUGAGGACUUCCUGACCAAGGCGAGGACCUACCUGGGAGACGAGGGCAGGCGAGUGAGGAACUACUUCUGCUGUGGCCUGCAGGACUUCAGCCCCGAGCCCAACUCCUAUGACGUCAUCUGGAUCCAGUGGGUAAUAGGACACCUGACUGACGACCACCUGUCUGACUUCCUGAAGAGAUGCAAGGUUGGCCUGCGCCCCAAUGGCAUCGUCGUCAUCAAGGACAACAUGGCCCAGGAGGGAGUCAUCAUGGACGAUGUGGACAGCAGUGUGUGCCGGGACCUGGACGUGGUGCGGACGAUCGUCCGGCGCGCAGGCCUCAAUCUCCUGGCUGAAGAAAGGCAAGAGAACUUCCCUGACGAAAUCUACCACGUCUAUACGUUUGCCAUGAGAUGAACCCGGGCUGGGAGAGGCUGUUUACCAAGAGGUACCACUGUGCCAGGACCAGCCCAGCAGGCCCCUUCUGGGGGGAUCAGGAGGACACCUAUCGUGCGGUCCAGACACUUCAUGGUUAAAAUUCAGGGUGGGGUGGGGUGUCCUGAAUAACCCUGCUGGGGCUGGCUGGAAAGAUCAGGGCGGGUCUUCUGCGUUGUUGCUGUUUGUGAGAAAAGACAGCUGCCAAAUACACUCUCCUGCUGUUGCA